AGGGGGCGAGCCCUUCCUCAUUCCCCUUUGCUCUUCCUCCUCCUUGCGCUCUCUUCUCUCUCCUUCCCUCCUCUUCCCUCCCUCGCAGGUUCUCCCCUCCCUUUGCUCUCGUUACCCCUCCCCGCCCCGCUCCCCGCCCCCUCGGCACUGCGGAGCAGGAGACGUGACCCGAGCGGACCCAGCCGCGGCCUUUUCCCCCGCUGUGCCAGCCUCUCGCCGCUGAGUCGCAUGUCAUCUAUCCAGAACCUCCAAUCCUUCGACCCCUUUGCUGAUGCAACAAAGGGUGACGACUUACUCCCGGCAGGGACUGAGGAUUACAUUCAUAUAAGGAUCCAGCAACGAAACGGGAGAAAGACGCUAACUACAGUCCAAGGAAUUGCAGAUGAUUAUGACAAGAAGAAACUUGUGAAAGCUUUCAAAAAGAAAUUCGCUUGUAAUGGUACUGUGAUUGAACAUCCUGAAUACGGUGAAGUUAUCCAGCUUCAAGGUGACCAGAGGAAGAACAUUUGCCAAUUCCUCUUGGAGAUUGGCAUUGUCAAGGAAGAACAACUCAAAGUUCAUGGUUUCUAAAAUGCCUGUGCUCUCAUGAAGAACCCUGCAGUAUUUGGUCUUAGCUAGCUUGGCUCUUCUGUGAAAAAUGAAUCUUUGCAGUGAAUGGACUUCUCUGUUACCUGAACAUUUAAAAUUCGAUUCAGAUUUGCAUGACUGCAUGAAACAUGUGGUGUGUAGACUAGAAACACAUAAGAAAACUUCAGUAAGGUGGUAAUGAAGACACUUGUAAACUUUAGCACAUUUCCAAUGGAAAUGUUUUAGCCAUGAUUGUUCAGUUUACUACUUUCCACCUGACUUAAAUGUGUGGGUUGUAUUGAAGUAGUGUGUGUUGUUGCUUAGAAAUAAAAGUUUAUUCAUAUAUUUUCUGGGAUAUCUGAAAUGCUUUAGCUUAAGUUUUAAACUAGCACAGCAGCCUUACUAAAGAAUGGCUAAAACGUUUUUGUGGCAAGUGUAGCUCACUGCUCAUUGACUAAACUGGAAAAUCUACAUGAUGAAGUAUUAGCUAAUUAGUCAGUAGAUUAGCUUCAUGUGAUCUUAUCCUGUAGCUGCAAGACUAGAGCUUUAAAGUCUUUUGUGUAGGUGUAUCUUAGUAGCAGCAUGAUAAGAUGUAAAUUGUUUGCUGCGUAAGUGACUGGAUUGUCUUUUAAAAUUUGAGCAGUGACUAUAAAGUAUUAGUGUUAAUCAUAAUAGGACUGAAAUAAGCUGAACUCAUCCUUAAGGCUGCUAUUACUGAGAACAUAUUAGACAUCUCCAUCUUACAUAGUAAUCCCAAAACAUUUGAAGGGAGUUAAUGGGAUUUUGUAUCUCUUCUGUCUCUUGAGUGAAGGUGAAAGAUACUGAGUUGGCUUCUGCCGUGACUGUGCAUUUAGUGUUGGCAAGCAGAGUGCUUUAAUUAGGUGGUAGUGUUAGCUGAGGAAGUAAACAUGGGACAAAGCUCCACAUGAGCCUUUUUUUCUGGUAUGAAAAGUGUUCCUGUUAUUAACAGUUAGUAUGGAGGGGUUUGUAGUGGAGUUUGGGAGUUACUACAGAAAGUUGAUUCAGUCUUACUUUACUAGCAGGCAAUUUGUUCACUGUGAUCUGAAGUGAUAGUAGGUUUGUUCCACCAUGCUUUUUAUUUAGGUUUAGUUAGCUGCAGGCAUUUGGUAUUCUGCUUUUAAGACGUGUCUCUACAGCAUGAAAUGACUUCAUUUGGAGGAUCUUCCUUGUAAGAUAGGCAUGGAAGUUUUCCCUGAAGCAAUUCAAAACAUGCUGAGCUGGGAAACCAUAAGAGCAGUGGGAAAAGUUAAAUCUUGUAUUAUGUAUUCUCUGGAAAGGAAGAAAGAGACAUUUACUGCUCAGACUUUAUUAAUAAACUUAUUUAGAAAAAAAAAUAACUGAUGACUACCAAUGUAAACAUGAAGAGUAGGCAAAAAUAUAUUACUUAAUAUCACUGUGCCUACACUCGGUUUCCUGAUCAAACUUGCCUUUCUAAACAGAAAUGCUCAAUUUUAUCUCACUUGAAACUUUUUUUUUAAGAUUUCAGAAUUCUGAUACAAACUGUUAUGGUACUGACAGUAACUAGAGGAUCAUUAGAAAGCAUUCAUAUGACGAUUUCUUUCUCUGCCUGGUGUUACAGAUCUUAACUGUUCCAGAAAAAAGGAUGUUACAGAAGAUUGUAUACUGUUAAGGUACAAUGUGCUCAGGAGGAGGAAGGAAAGCCUGCUACAAAACAUGAAAUACUAGUACUCACAAUGAAAAUCUUAAGUCUUAGGCAAGUCUUGUGCAUUAAAGGAAUAAAAUAAUUGUACUGCAAGUUUACCUAGUCCUGAUUCAUAGAUGCUAGAUAGAUUCAUAGAUGUCCUUUGGGGUACGUAGCAGUCUGUGAUUUUAAUUUUCUCAAAUGUCAAAAAACCUGAUGUUUUCAUGUAAAGCAUGUUUUCCUGCCCAAAAGAAAAAUAAGCAGUAUUUUCUGUAUUACAAUAGUACUUGUGGGUUUUUGAAUUGGAGAUUAACAAAUGAUUAGCAAGUCUCAUGUGUUACUGAGUCAGUCUUCAUUUCAGAUGGCAUUCCAUUAACUUACUACAUAAGCUUGAGUCACUCCUUCAUAGUCAUUCUGCUUGGAAUAAAUAAGAAAAUUGUGUGUUUUCUUCCUCCUCAUUUAAAAGUCCCUUCUGAUAGGAGGAACCUUGCAAUUGAUAGAUGGCUUGCUUUUUAUGCUCUAGUGGAACUCCCUGUGUUUUGACUUUUGAAGGGCAAAACUAAGGAGAGGGAGUAAGAAGUAACACAUUUGAAGUUUGAAUAACUGAGAUUUGUUGUGGCAACAAAAAAUCUUUCUAGAAGGAAAUUGUUUUGAAGUGUUUUACAGUAGAGCAGUGUCUUAAUAAGAUUGUAACUACCCUUGUUAGAAGCCAAGCCUCUGCGUGUUCUAGAGGACAAGCUUCAGCAAUUUCAUGUUUUAUCCUCUUAUGCUGAAAAAUACUUUAGGAACGAACUGUUUAAAUGACUGCCAUGAAAACCUUCAUCCGCAGGCUUCAGUCUUUUCAACUAUUCCAAAAUAGGUUUAAAAAAUGGUAAAGGAUGUCACCUGUAGUUGUUGAGGCAGUGAAGGGAGCUAACCAUAGAAAAAAAACACUUUUAAAACCCGCGAAUAGGACUUGAGACUGGCCAAGCUCAGACUGCGAAGAGCGUUGGCUUCUUGUUGUAGGAAUAUUGUGAAGUCUGUGUCUUUGAGAUCUCCAAGUUUGCCUUCUUAGUGAUAUAUAGGCUUAAACACAAGCUGUUGGAUGUAGGAACUGCUGUGUCAAAUCCACAGCCUCACUGUUCAUAAGCUGUUGUAGGUGAUUAUUUCAGCUGAUACACUCAAGUAAGUUACUGCAUAAAUGCAUUCAUGGAAUUGUCUGUUCAGGGUCUACAUCUGCUUAAUGCACUUACAAACACUGAAACUACCACGUCCCAGAUGGUGGUAGCAGUCCUUACUUGUAGAAGAAGAGAUGUAGUAGUUCUGAAUCUGUAAGUAGAAAUUCCUUUUAUGUGAAUUAUCAGACCCUUGACUUUCACCUGUGGUCUGCUGCAUCUGACUGUGUUUCAGAGGUGAGCAUGAAGAGCACAUCUCUUGGCAGCAGAGGAGCAAUGCUUCUUUUCAACUGAAAGAACCUUUGGAAAGAAAGGUGCCUAAAUGGUGUAUGUAUACUGUUCAUUGUGUCAGUGGCUUUGCUUGAACCUUGCUUCCUGCACUAUGUUGUUGCACAGCCUAAAUGAAAAGGAUUUUGUUUUGGAGAACCUCUUUGAAGGUUCUCAAGAACUUGAGAGCUUGGCAUUUAAGGUUCUAAAUAAAUCUAAAAUUGUUAUAAAAUUUAAAAUUGUGAAGACUUGUUGAAGCUUAAGUCUGAAAUAUUUGAAAAAAUAAUAAUUAAGUAGAGCUCUACAUUUUGUCCUGUUCUUCCAUCCUGCUUAUAACUAGUAUGGAGUUGCCCUGAAGAUGCAUGGGGACAGAUGUACCUUGAGUUCCAAUCAACAGUUCUCCUUUUAAUCCUUCUGGAAGGCUCUGGUGUUCAGGAUCCAUGUGUUACACCUUUUUUGUGUGGCUCAGCAGUUCUUAUUGUGUGAUAGUACAUACGAGAUUGGUAUACAGCCAGUUAAGGAAUGGGGGGGGCUUUUUCUAGGUUCCUUUUGGACAUACGUGGGGUUACUGGCACUGUUGAUGUGUUCAGUGUUGAUUGGUGUCACAGAGUGUUCCCCUAAUUAGUGUGCUCCUGACACUGGGAAAUGGGAGCAGUCUUGGAGGGCCGUGUGUAUUUUAAGUACUUAGAAUCUGCCUUCCACCUAAGAAUAUCCAUACAUCUAUCCUCAGUUAGUUGGGAAUGUGUCCCCCCAUGUGCAGCAAGAUGAAGAUUACUUUCUGGUUGCAAGACCAGAAGUUCUUGAGAUGAAUAAGAGGAAGAUGACAUAGUUGAUUUAUGUUUGCUGUACUGAUGCUUCAUGCCUACUGUUUCCUGUCUACCUUAAAAAACAAAAAAUCUCAAAAGAGGAUUUUUACUUGGCAUGCCUUUCUAAUGUUUGCUACGUGCCUGUGAUUGAUCUCUGUGAACGAGUCCUAACCUGUACUGGAAUAUUGCUAGAGAGUUGAGACAGCAAAGUCUUUUGAAAUAAAAUGUACCGAUGUUGUGUAUGUUGUUCUAAAACCAAUAGAAUUUUAUUAUAUUAUUAAGGAGGAUUUUUAUUUUUUUUUCUGUGCAGGAUAGAAGUAGUGUAGUUCAAUAGUGAUGUAUGUGAUCCUCUUGUAAUCAGCCUUGAUUUCUCCAGAAGUGUUAUAUUCCUUUUUUAUAUUUCUACCAUAAUCUGUACUAACCAACUUAAAAAUAUUAUUACUUGUGCUGGAAUAGCAUAGCUCUAAACUGACUUAAGAUCUAAAAUUUGGGCAGAAGAGGGUCAUCUAAUUUCUUGAAUAAGCAAAAUGUGCAGCUUUUUAAGAUGAAGCCAGUACUGUGUGCUCAAGUUUGGUCUCAGCUAUUUUAGAAUGUCUUGCAUCUGUGAAAGGUGACAGCACAUUUCUGAACUUAAUUUGGGGUCUGAUUAAAAGUACUUGUCUAUGUAAUAAAUGCUUUUUCCCAUUUUAA